AUGCACUCCGACUGCGACGCCGCGCAAGACGACGACCUGGUCAACAUCCACCGCCUGUGGAAUCCCUCCCCCGCCUGGUUCGACCACUUCUACACCUCCCGCCUCAACCAGGCGCUCAACGCGCGCGACCGCCUGGGCUUCGCCCACGAGGGCCUCCUGGGCAAGUGCUUCGCCUCCAGCCGCCCCGACACCGUGCCCCUGUUCCGCCUGUUCCGGCCCAACGGGGGCUUCCGGGACCACUUCUACACGGUGAACGCCACCGAGCGCGACGAGAUGCACAGGCGCAGCAACUACCUGAAGGAGGGGGUGGAGUGCUGGGUGUACUCGGAACCCGGUGGGUGCACUGUGCCGGUGUUUCGGUCCUUCAAUCCCGCGGGAGAUCAUUUUUACACCGCAGACGUGGAGGAGGCGUCCGCGUUUGAAGGGGAGGGGUGGGCGUUUGAGGGAUUGGCUUUCCAUGUGAGAAAGCCUGACGAUUGCCCGAAAGAGUGUGAAGCAGACGGGGUGACCGGGUGCGACGGUGGCGAACUGUUGUUGUGUCGAGAGGACGGGAACCUGUGCCAGCGGUGGGAGAGGAGCAGGACGUGUCCGGAGCGAUGCCACGCGGGGGAGUGCCGGCGGGAUUGUGAGGAUCGGUGCGCGACGCUGGACGAGGCGGCGUGCGGAGAAGGAGGCGUGGUGAGGUGCCGGGUUGACGAAACGGGCUGCCGGGAUUGGGCGUUGGAAACCGAGUGCGCGGAGCGCUGCCACGAGGGUCAGUGCCAGGACGCCUGCGGCGAUGAAUGCACAACCACUGGCGAGCUCACCUGCGGUGAUGAUGGCGGAGUGCUGGAAUGCACCGUCGACGCGGUCGGAUGCAGGCAGUGGCAGUGGAAGCACGGUUGCGGCGACCGUUGCCAUGAGGGACAGUGCCAAGACGCCUGCAACGGGGAAUGCGCGACCGAGGGCGAUCUGACUUGCGACGAUGGCUCCGUGCUCAAGUGCGUGGUCGAUUCCAUUGGCUGCCUCCGGUGGGAGCUGGAAAGCGAGUGCGGCGAGCGCUGCCACGAGGGGCAGUGCACGGAGGCUUGCGAGGACGGCUGUGCGGCCGUGGGUGACUUGGGCUGCGACGGUGUGGAUGUGAUGGAGUGCGGGCUGGAUGGCAUGGGAUGCCGGCGGUGGAGACGCAAUCACACGUGUGAGGAACGCUGUCAUCAGGGUCAGUGCUUGGACGCCUGCGAUGACAAGUGUGUUGCGGUUGGUGACUUGGUCUGUGACGAGGACGCGGUGCUCGAGUGCGCCGUGGACCCCGCCGGAUGCCGACGCUGGGAGCGGAAGCACGCAUGCGAGCAACGCUGCCGCGAGGGGCGGUGCAUGGACGCCUGUGACGAACAGUGUGAGGCUGUUGGCGAAGUGACUUGCGGCGACGGCAGUGUGAUCGAAUGCCAGGUGAACGAAAUUGGCUGCCGCGAGUGGCAGUUGCAGAAAGGGUGCCCUGAACGCUGCCACGAAGGCCAGUGCCAAGGCGCCUGCGACGACGAGUGCCCAGCCAUGGGCGAGCUAACAUGCGGUGACGAUGGCGGAGUAUUGGAAUGCACCGUCGACGAUGUCGGAUGCCAGCAGUGGCAAUGGAAGCACGAGUGCGGUGGGCGUUGCCAUGAGGGACGGUGUCAAGAGGUCUGUGAUAACCAAUGCACGGCUUUGGGCAACGUGACAUGCACUGAUGGAAACGUGGUGAAGUGCCGGGUGAACGACAUUGGCUGCCUAGAGUGGGGGCUGGAAAGCGAGUGCAGUGAGCGCUGCUACGAGGGGCAAUGCCGAGAGGCAUGCGAGGACCACUGCGAGACUGCAGGUAAGCUGGCCUGCGAGGGCGGCGCCGUGGUGGAGUGCGCCCAAGACUCGAGCGGAUGCCGCCAGUGGCAUCAGAAACGCGAGUGCGACGAUCGCUGUCACGAGGGUCAGUGCCUGAACUUCUGCGCCGAUCAGUGCCCGUCCACCGGCGAGCUGUCGUGCGACGAAGGCGACGUGCUCCAGUGCCGUGUGGACGCGGUGGGAUGCCGCCUGUGGGAGCGGUGGCAAGAGUGCAAGGAACGCUGUUUUGAGGGCCAGUGCAGAGAAGCGUGUCCGGAUGACGAAUGCGCAACCGCCGGCGAGCUGACCUGCGGCGAUGAUGGCGGAGUGCUGGAGUGCGUUGACGAUGGCUUCGGAUGCCGCCGCUGGCAGUGGAACCACGGGUGCAGCGACCGCUGCCACGAGGGUCAGUGCCAGGACGCCUGCGAGCACGAGUGCGACGUUGACGGUGAGCUCACCUGUGGUGACGAUGGCGGGAUUUUGGAGUGCAUUGUCGAUAAGAACGGAUGCCGACUGUGGCAGUGGAUAACCGCGUGUGACGACAGCUGCAGUGAGGGACAGUGCCAGGACGCCUGCGAAGAUGAAUGCCCAAGCAAGGGCGAGCUGACCUGCGGUGAUGAUGGCGGAGUGCUGGAGUGCGCUGUCGACGCGACCGGGUGCCGGCGCUGGCAGUGGCGGCAUCGGUGCGGCGACGGCUGCCAGGAGGGCAAGUGCAAAGAGACCUGCGAACAGGAAUGCACAACCACCGGCGAGCUGACCUGCGGCGAUGACGGCGGGGUGUUGGAGUGCGCUGUCGACGCGACCGGGUGCCGGCGCUGGCAGUGGCGGCAUCUGUGCGACGACGGCUGCCAGGAGGGCAAGUGCAAAGAGACCUGCGAACAGGAAUGCACAACCACCGGCGAGCUGACCUGCGGCGAUGACGGCGGAGUGCUGGAGUGCGCUGUCGACGCGACCGGGUGCCGGCGCUGGCAGCAUGUUAUCGGCGCGACGACGGCCGCCAGGAGGGCAAGUGCAAAGAGACCGCGAACAGGAACGCAAUAA